AUAGUGCUUCCUCCCCCCUGUAGGGUAUAUAAGUAGGAGCAGAAGUCUCCUAAGACGGAGCAGCAGCAGUAGACCGACUCCAACCAACAGCAGCUUCUCUCCAACUUCAUCUGCGGUGCAUCCACUCUGCAUUCAGACUUACUUUACAGUUGACUGAUCAUCCACCCUGAGCUACCACCACCAUGUCUGAUCAAGAUGCCACCCCGGUUCCCUCUUCUGUCCCACCUGUUCCCACUGGACCCCGUCCCAAGAUUACGAACCGUGGACGCUCCGCAGUUCCCAUCGCCAGCUCCAACUCUGAAACAACCGACAUACCUGAGUUGGAGUACUUUGGUGCACCGGGCCCAAGAGGAUUUCCACCUCUGACUGAGUUUCUUGACAUCUGGGAUGUGGACAUGAUGAGGAGGCCCAAUGAGAUCAACAAGAUGCAACACCACACCGUGUCGUACAACUCUGACUAUCUCGUCGUCCGUCGAGGACAAGAGUUCCAGGUCAAGAUCACGUUCAAUCGUCCCUACAAACCUGCUGAAGACAAGUUCGCUGUGGAGUUUACCAUCGGCUCCAGCCCCCAGUUCAGCAAAGGCACCUAUAUUCCUGUCUUCCCUACCAGCGAGCGUCAGAGCUCCUGGGAGGGCCGCAUCACAAACACCUCCGAAAACACGGUCACCUUGGGCAUCACUACUGCGGCAAACUGCAUUGUGGGGAAGUACCACUUGUACGUCGCUGUAAUGACGCCCUUCGGCAUCCGUAGGACCAGACGUGACGACAGCCGAGCCCUCUACAUUCUCUUCAAUCCCUGGGCGGCAGCUGAUGCUGUGUUUCUGGAUGAUGAGGAACAGAGGCAGGAGUGUGUGAUGACUGAGAUGGGGAUCAUCUACCACGGUGCAUACGACGACAUCUCUGAGAGAAACUGGAACUAUGGACAGUUUAACUAUGGAGUUCUGGAUGCCUGUUUGUACAUCAUGGACCGGUCUGACAUGCCCAUCACCAACAGAGGAGACCCCAUCAAGGUGACCAGAAAGGCCUCUGCUAUGCUGAACUCUCGUGAUGAUGACGGCGUGCUGGUGGGGAACUGGAGCGGUGACUACACCUACGGAGUGGCACCCACUUCCUGGACUGGCAGCACAGAAAUCCUGCUCAGCUAUGCCAGCAGCAAGAUGCCCGUCUGCUACGCUCAGUGCUGGGUCUACGCCGCCGUCUUCAACACCUUCCUGCGCUGUCUGGGCAUCCCGGCGCGGGUCGUCACCAACUACUACUCCGCUCAUGACAAUGAUGGAAACCUGAAAACUGACAUUAUCCUGGAUGACAACGGCAGGAUCGACCGCAAUCGCACCAAAGACUCCAUCUGGAACUAUCACUGCUGGAAUGAGUGCUACAUGUCCAGACCAGACCUCCCAACUGGCUUUGGAGGCUGGCAGGUUGUGGAUGCAACACCACAGGAGACCAGCGAUGGCAUGUACCGAUGUGGGCCUGCAUCAGUCCAGGCCAUCAAACAUGGGCAGACUUGCUACCCAUUUGAUGCUGCCUUUGUGUUUGCUGAGGUCAACAGUGAUGUGGUGUUUUAUUCCCGGAGAAAAGACGGGACUAUGGAUCCAGUCAAAGUGAACCAGACUCAUGUAGGCCGCAUGAUUUUGACCAAAGCUCCAGGAGACAUGACCCGCCUCGACAUCACAGAUCAAUACAAGUUUCCUGAAGGCAGUAAGGAGGAGCGGACCGUUCUGGAAAAAGCGGAGGAGUAUGGCUGUAAACGAGAGAAGUCCAACCCUCCUGAGGCUGAUGUGGACCUGGUCCUGCCUACCCUGGAGAUCAACAUGGGCGACGACUUCGAGCUGAGCCUGGAGUUCAUAAACCGCAGCGACCAGCGCCGCGUUGUGGAGGCUUACAUCAGCGGGAGUGUGGUCUAUUACACCGGAGUCACCAGCUCCGAGUUCCUGUUCAGGGAUCCCACAGUGACGAUUGGCCCCAAAAAAAGUGUGAAGGAGGUGGUGGUGAUCGAAUCAAAGAACUACAUGAAGCGUCUGGUGGAACAGGCCAACCUCCACUUUAUUGUUACCGGGAAGGUCAAGGAGACCGGCCAGAUCGUCACCGCCAUGAAAGUCGUCACCCUCCACAAUCCCAAACUCAUCGUCACGGUGUCCGAUGGGGGCAGAGUGAAUGAAGAGAUGAUGGCUACUGUGGAGUUUACAAACCCCUUCAACUUCAGCCUGGAGGGCGUCUACAUCCGCAUGGAAGGACCCGGGCUCAUGCCGCCCAAGUUCAAAUAUUACAGUCUGAUCCCAAGAGGCUCCUCUCUGACCUGGACCGAGUUUUUCACCCCGCAGAGGGCUGGCAGCACCAGGGUGAUCGCUACUCUGGACUGUCCUGCUCUCAGUCAGGUCCACGGCCAGGCGACUCUCACCAUCGCGCCCUGAGGAUCACGGCAGGAUCACUGACGCCCACCGUCACUCAACUUACUUACAGCUCAAAUAUAGGCGCAUGACAUAGUUAUGUAUCUGUAGGUUUACAACAGUUUAACAAGUGUAGCUUCAGCAUUUAACGAUGGUGGUAGUUUUAGUUAUUAGCAAAGAUCUCUUAGAUCUCGAAGAAAACAGUCAUUUCUAAAAGUGCUAGUUUAAGAAGAGGUGAAUCCACACAUUUUUGUACCGUAUCAAACAUUUGACUAAGUAAUUUUUUAUGCUAAAAAACAAAACAAUUAUAUUCUUUUUGUGACAUUUUUGAGGGCACUACACAACGCAUACAUUUCAAAAUAAAAUCAAAUUAGUGUAAAUACAGGACUCUAUUGAGUGAAUAUGGAGGGAUUUUAUACACAGCCUGUUUAUUUUAUAUCAGAAUCAGGUUUAUUGCCAAGUAAGUUUUCACAUACAAGGAAUUUGCCUCGGGACAUCGGUGCAUAAGAAUCACAAUCAAGUGUAGAUAACAAUUAAAAAUAGAGACAAUAAAAAUAAUCUAAAUCAAUUAUUUGGCUACCAGGAGGCAGAAUUACGUCCAAAACAAGCUGACAGACACACAGUCCUGACAUAUUAUUGUCAGGUACUGUUUAUGAAGUCAAUAGGGCUAACGUAUGAGCAAACAUUGGCCCCUUCACAAGUCCAACAGACAGAACAACAUUAUCGACCCACCCAGCUGUGUGCUGCCGACCUGAUGUGUGCACUCUCAUUUUAACUCAGUUUAAGUCACCACCAACCCCUGAGACAAAUAUCUCUGUCAUUAUUUGCUAAAUGUUCAAUGGUCUUCAGCAGCUAGUUUCUAACUCUGUCUGUUUGCUGCUUGGUAGGUAGUUUAGUGGACUUAUCAGAGCUGAAAGUAGCUUCCCGCAGCUGCUAGAAACAGGUUUGAUAAGGGCAGCGAGACUGAACAAAGCAGUAAGUAAACAUCGAGUCAAAGAGAGCUUUAAAUAUGAGAUAGGAGUGACCCAUUCGAUGCUUUGUUUCAUUUCCUAUACAAAUACUCCCACUAUGGAAGUACAUAUAUUAAACUGAAAUGUUUCUGCUUUAGAACUGUAAAGAGCUUUUUCCACCUCUUUAUAUCAAUAAAUAUCAACCAAAUAAAAGAUUCCCUAUACUGUAA